AAUAGUAUUUCUGAUUUCUUCAAGAACACUCAAAACUACCCUUCAACGCCCUUCUGUACACGCCUGAAGUUUUCACUUCAAAUCCCUCAAAUUUUCAAUUAAAAUCCCUCUUAUUCUUUAAUUCAAACCCCUCAAUUUUUAAAAAUUAAAAAUGGGCAUUUCCUUUAGCAGCAACAACAGAAGAAGAAACAACCACCAAAACCACCACCCUCCUUUUUAUCACCACCAGCAUCCACCGCCGCCGCCGCCGCCACCUCCACCUUACCACUACUCCACAGAACCACCCCUCUCCCUCCCUGCACCUCCUCCACCGCCGCCACCGCCGCCGCAAUCAGCUUACAAUCCUUACCCUACACACGCACCGCCCCAAAUUCAGCCUUACUACAGUUCCCAUAAUCAUCCUCCGAAUUACUAUUCUUGCAACUAUGCAAACAGAAUCAAUUACCAACCGUUUUAUUAUCCUAAUCAGACCAAUGGGUGGUCUGGUUCGGUUAGACCUAAUGGGGUUCCUCCUGGUCAGCAGCAGCUAAUCGAACCUGCUCCUUAUAUUGAGCAUCAGAAUGCUAAGAAGGUUAGAAACGACGUGAAUGUUCAUAAAGAUACGUUAAGGCUUGAAAUUGAUGAACAGAAUCCUGACACUUUCUUGGUUUCUUUCGUUUUUGAUGCUUUGUUCGAUGGAAGCAUUACAAUCUUCUAUUUUGCCAAGGAAGAGGCCAACUGUAAAUUUGUUCCUGUAUUUCCUGAAGCCCAUAUGCCUGUAAAAAUACCCUUUCAGAAAGGUCUUGGCCAGAAAUUUUUUCAGCCUUCAGGAACAGGCAUUGAUUUGGGUUUCUUUGAGCUGAAUGAUCUCUCAAAACCAUCCCCCGGGGAUGAUGUUUUCCCACUUGUAAUAGUUGCUGAAACAAGCUUGGCAGUUCAGUCAACAGAUGAACAAGUUGAUGAUUCCGAGUCAAACACAACUGGCAAUAUGCAGAUUAGUCAAGCUAUUCUUGAGAAGAAGAACAAUGAGCCUUUCCAAGUAAGAGUAAUAAAGCAAAUUUUGUGGAUUGAUGGAGUUCGAUAUGAGAUGCGGGAGCUUUAUGGAAUAGGAACCUCAGCAGCUGAAGGCUUCAAUGACUCUGAUCCUGGGAAAGAAUGCGUCAUUUGCAUGACAGAACCUAAGGACACUGCUGUAUUACCUUGCCGACAUAUGUGUAUGUGCAGUGACUGUGCAAAAGAACUGAGGCUUCAAUCAAAUAAGUGCCCCAUAUGUCGUCAACCAAUUGAAGAACUUAUAGAGAUCAGGAUAAAUAAUGGUGAUGAAUAAAGGAUUCUUUUCUUCAGUCCUAUUUGGAUUUAUGGUAAAGUUGUCAUCCUUUCUGUUUUGUUGUAUCUUGCCCGCUGUAUGUGAAUGCUCAUCGUUUUGUAUAUUUUUGUACCUUCAUCAAUUUUCUUGUCUUUGUACAAAGAUGACCACGCAGAUUUAAUCUUCAAAGAUAAUAUUAGAAAAGAUCAAUAUUUAAUCA